GUACGCUAAGAGUCAGCUUGAGAGGAACGAAACACUACAACUCUGAACCCAGCAACAUUUAUAAAAGACAGUAGCAACCGCUAUUUAACACAAUGUCCAUGAACAUAACCUCCCCAUUCUCUUCCUUUCCAAGCUACGUCCUCGGUACAGGCCUGACCUUCAUCGGCCUCCUAGGCUUCGUUCGACCCCUGGCAAUCUACGACGCCUUUGGCAUUGCUCGACCACUAUCAGCUGAAGCCGAAGCAUUCAGCUACGCCAAGUCCGCGCGCGAUCUAGCAACGGGGUUGCUCUUCAUCGGGCUCGAGACGUAUCAGGAGGGAAGCGGGAAUGAGGACGCGGUAACUGCGUUAUUAGCUAUUACUUCACUGGUUGGGGUCAUGGAUUGGUGGAUCCGAUCAGAAAGAACCAACUAUGAUGGCAAGUUAUUGGCUCCGACUUUACCGAGUGUUCAAUCUCUGCUCUAA